AUGGGUAAUAACUCAUUAAUAUAUUUACAAAAUAAUAAUAUACCAAUUAAUUGUUCAGUUUAUUCUUUAACAAAUGGUACUAUUGAAUUAUUGGAUCAUUAUAAUCAAACUUGGAAUAAUGCAACAAAUUUACAUGAAUUUUUACCUGCUUAUUAUGUUACAAAUUGUUCAAUACCAAAAUUAAUUGAAUUAGUUUUAAAUCAAGAAUAUAAUUCAACUUUUCCAAAAUCUUCAAGAUUUGAUCAAAGUCCUUAUAAUCAAAGAGAUAAUGGUGAUACAUUUGUUGCAAUUUUAUUUACUUUAUGUGGAUCUUGUGUUUCAUGUUGGAUGUUAAGUUUAUUAUUAUAUUUAACUCCAAAACAUAAAAGAAAACCUUGGUUAACUCAAUUUACAACAAUUUUUUAUUCAAUUGUAACUAGUGUCUUGUUGAAUACUUUAACAAAAGCAGCAGAACAUGAAUAUUAUAAUGAUAAUUUAGAUAUUAUAAAAUUACAUCAAAAAUUAUAUAAUACAAAUGUUUAUAGAAUUUUAAUGGUUUUAACUCAAGUUUUAACAAUGCUGUCAUGGUUUCAAAUUAUUCAAAAAUUAAUAAAACUGAAAUAUAAAAUUUAUACUGCUAUUUUAAAUUUUAUUAUUAUGGGAUUAUAUGUGGCUGUUUUCACUUAUUAUCAAGUAAUUUAUAAUACUUUACCAUUUAUUCAUCAACAAUAUCAAGAUUUAACUGGAUAUAAUAGAUGGAAUAUUGUAAGAGCUGUAACAAGAUUAAUUGUGGUAAUUUGGUUUUUAGGUAUUUUAGGUUAUUAUACAAUAUUUGAGAAAAAUCCAAGAAAAAUUUGUUAUAAUAGAAAAUUAUUUCCAUUAGCUUUAUUUAUUUGGUUUUUGUUUUUAUUAGACAUUGUAUUAACUAUUUUGAAUGUUUCUUUAUUUAUUGAUAGUUGGUUAGUUAGAACUUGGUUGGUUUUAGUACCAUAUUUGAUUGAAAUUAUAUUAUUAACGGUUAUAUGGGAAUGGAUUUACAAUAUUUGGAUUUUAGAGAAAAGAUCGGAGUUGAUGAAUGUUUUAGGGAGAAGAAUAAGUUAUGAAGAUGUUGUAAGUUUUAAAAAUUCACCAAAAUCAAGAACUUUUUUGGAAAAAUUAUCUGAAUGGUUUGUGUACAAAUUUACUAAAAGCAAUAAUAAUAUAAAAGAAAUUGAUGAUGAAGAUAGUUUAAAAGAAUAUUUUACUUCAUCAAAUAGUGAUGAUUCAGUUGAACGUACAAUGACUACAAAUUUAAAUGCAUAUAAUAGUAAUAACAAUGCUAUUACUGAUAAUAAUAAUAAUAAUAAUAAUAAUAAUAAUAAUAAUAAUAAUGAUCAUUCAACUACAGUUGGUGAAUUUACUAAUGAUAAUCAUGCUAAUGAAAUUAACAAUGAUAACAAUAAUGAGAGUAAUGACAAUAAUGAUAAUGAUGAUGAUGAUAACGAUGAUGACACCAAUGAAAAUAAUGACAAUUAUGAUGAAAAUAAUGACAUAUAUGAUAAUUAUGAUGAUGACGAUGAAUAUGACAAUGAGUAUAAUGCAUACUAUGUCAUUGAUCAAGAUGAAUCUGACUAUGCUGGACAUAGACUCAGUAAUGAUAGACAAAUUUAA